AUCAUGCGUCCCUCGGGCGCAUGUAUUUACGCCCUGAUAUGACCACCAAGGAGGGGGUAGUACUUGAAGAGCGGCCGCGCGAUUUCAUCCCUCAUACACCGACUCCUUACCUGCGAGCGACAACCCCUUACCAAAUCGCGAACGUUUUAUUAAACCAGUGCUUAAAUUCGGACCGGGAUUUCUUCAAAUUGCAAAUAUUCAUUUCCAGAGUGGACGGCUUCGGGAUGAAGGUAAUCAGUUACGUUUGCUGCGUUCUCGUGUUGGCAUGCUUAACGAGCGUGGGACGUUCUGAGAUUUCUCAGAACCAGGUAGAUUAUUUCCGAGCGAGCAAUGAUGACGAUCUCUACACUCGGUUAAUUAAUCGUCAGCCCGGGCAACAAUUAUUGAAUGCGUUCCCCGCGGACAAAAUGCUGAAAACGAAGAGACCGUUCUGCAACGCUUUCACUGGAUGCGGGAGGAAGAGAAAUUUCCAGGAAAACUCAGACACUCAAGAUUUUAAAACUGGCAGCAUCCGAAUUCCGAUUUCUAUCUACAAGAGCUUGCUAAAGGCAGCCUAUCCUCAGAAUAUUCAGAACAAGAUUGAACAAGACAGUAAUGAGCACCGGUCGUCCGAAACACCACAGGUCUAUCUAUCGGGUAGAAUGCCUCUUCACAAGAGGUUCGACAUUCAUUCAUCGUACCCGUAACUUAAUUCCAGUCGAUGAAGAAGAAGAAGAACUUUAAACAGAAAAUUCGUUGCUCUCUCUCCGUUUUUUCCUCCGGAUAAAAUGUUCUUUUAUUUUCCAUCCGAUUAGACAUUUUCUUCAUAUACUGUACAGCUUGUACGUUGAAAUUGAAUUCUCAAUAAAGUUAAAUAAAAUCAUCUACAGAA